AAGGGUGCCAGUUAGCCAGGCUAGAUCCGUAGGAAUAAGGUGGAAGCAUCAUCUACUGCUGCCCACCAGACUCCAGAGCAUCCAGAGUCUCUGCAGGGAUUUCCUUUAGUGUGAUUCAGUGUACUGUUGCUGCAGCCGGGAUCAAUGUGCCCUGGGCCUACCUAAGGCGAGCACCCGUCAAGGGUGGCACUGGGCAGCCCAUGGAGACCCACGUAACGCUUCGAUGGUGAUUUUAUUUGGGUUGCGUUCCUUUCCUAAAUGACAAGUCGUAUGCUUGCUCCCUACAAUCAUAUCCUCUCGCUCCUCUGCAAAGUCAUUCAUGCACUGGGAACUCCGUGUCUUUCCUCAGCCGAAGGGAGAAGAAACAUACUAAUCGCCGUCGUACAAUUCGACUGAGACACACAUCUCCCGAUCCCCACACCGACAAGCCAGUCCGUCUCCAGAGCAUCACAUCACUCCUAUGGAGUAGACGCUAAGGAAAAGGCUCCAGAAACAAAAACAAGAAACCCUCCCAGAGCUAAUGAACAAGGUUCAUAAGGAUCGUCAAUCCUCAACCCAGGCCUUAUUUCUCUUCCGGCUCCCUCUUCCUAACUUUUAUAAGAUCCAUCGCCAUCUCUCAACAAUUCCAGACGACUGUUCUCCACAACGCAAACAGACUCUGAACCCUGGUCGAGAGCUACCUAUUAAAUAAGACGCAAGAUCCCAUUAGCCGUGGUUUUUAGCUGCAGCCUUUUCCUUGACGGUGACCCUGGCAGCGUGACGACAUCCAAUCCCCGGCGCCCCAUCCCAGUAAAUUAAUCCUUUCGAGUUCGAUCUUUUGGGCAGAAGUGCUUGCAUCAACGCUUGAGUUUGAUCGGUUGUGGUCAGAUACUUUUCAGCUGGAGAGUAGUGUAUACUUUCCAACGGCAUAUAGCCAUGGCGAAGAACGCUCCUCUUGGCCUCGCUGGCCUGGUCCUCCUCGCUGUUUCCCUCCUCUUCCUCUGGUUCAUCAUCCUCUCAGGCUUGACCUCUACCACGCCAUUCGAUAAGACGUAUUUCCUCCGCGCCGACACUGGCGGUAUCUCGGGUGCUCGUGAAGUCACACAAUGGAACUUCUUCUACAUUUGCGGUGCCGGCAACAACGAUUGCGAUGGCGCCCGCGCUGCCCCCGUCAUCGGUCGCGCCUGGGACUCAAACCCACGUAAUGCGCCCAGCUCGCUUGUCGGUGGUCGUGCUGGUGAUACCACAUCGAACAGACAGUUCUUCUUGUGGCGGUUUGGCUGGGUUUUCAUCCUGAUCACUCUUUUCUUCGAGACCAUCGCCUUCUUCACUGGCUUCAUUGCCUGCUGUGGCCGUCUUGGUGCUGGAAUCUCUAGCCUCAUGUCCAUGUUCGCCCUUUUCUGCUCCUCAGUUGCCAUGUCCCUAAUGACUGCUACCUGGGUUCUCGCUCGCAAUGCCUUUCACCGCGACGGUCGAUCGGCCUCGAUCGGCCGCUAUGCCUUUGGUUUUGCGUGGGCAUCAUGGGCCACUCUGCUCAUUGCUACCAUUCUCUUCUGCUUAGGCAUGCGCGGUGACAAGUCGUCAAGCGGAGGUUACAGCGGCCGCUCAUGGCGCCGUAGACGAAGCGUGCGCAGCAGCCACGGCCCAGGCUAUGAGGGCCGCCGUGUUAAGGAUGACUAUUCCUAAACUUUUACCUGGUAACCGUCUGUUAGGCCAAAUCCGAUCGACUCUCCAACUUUCGGCAGAGCUCGAUGAGGAACGAGCAUGAACAGCCGCAGUGAUCGUGUCCACAACAGCCUCAAUGGUUGUUCGCGCCCGACGCUGCAAUUUUGUCCCGUCUAUAUUUCAUUCAUCAUCCAUGAUCUGCGCUCCUGUGCAGGUAUGUAUUCACGAUGUGUUUGGCGAGGAGAAUGGAUUUUCUCAGAACGUAAUGUUGAAGUUAUGGGCGAGAUCUACGAGAAGCUUGCUUUCAUCAGCUGUCUAAUAGUUACUAUGAAUGUAUGAUAUUACAACAAACAAUACAAGCGUUUUUUAUUUUUAAGUCUUAAUAUUCUAGUUUCUGUUCUCGACAUUUCCACUUGAAUCAUGUAGCCAUUCUCGGGCAACGACCCCGGGCUUAUGGUUUCACACAAGUUAUCAC